CAACUAUCUGUUGACUCGUAUCCAUGCGCCUAAGAACAGCAGCUCAACGCUCCCUCCGCCCACUCGUCGUCACACCUCGCGCCCGCACCAUGUCGACUACCACCAAGCCCUACGUCCUCUCCGAGAUCGUGCUGCGCGAGGACGCGCCAGAGUGGCCCUCGCACUCAAUGUUUGUGAACCGGACGAAGAGUGACCUGGCCAUCCUCGGCAUCCCGUACACCCGCGACCCGCUCACGUUCGGCACCAUCCGCGGCGACCUGGCCACCAAGACUGGCUUGAAGGACGUCACGGUGCCCACUAUCGAGUAUGCGCCGGGCGAGUACGUGACUGAUUCGUGGACGAUCGCCGAAUGGCUCGAGAAGAACCACGGCACACCCACCAACACGCUCUUCCCCGCCGGCUCGAAUCCCUUCGCGCGCUUCCUCAAGCGGUGGGUGGACGAGGAGCUCGUGCUCGAGAUCCGCGAGCUCUUCCGGCCCCUGUUCUACACGUACCAGGAUGCCGAGUCGGCCGAGUACUUCCUACGCGUGAAGUACGGCAACGACAGUGCGCUGCUCAACGGGCAGAUCGAGCGGCUGGGCUCCAAGGCCGAAGUCGCGAAGCUCGGCGUGCGUGGACGCGCCAAGCUCCGCACGCUGGAGAACUACCUCGCCGACGCGCCCGCCGGCGGGCCGUUCUUCUUGGGCGACAAGCCGACCCACGCCGACUCGAUCGUGUUCGGCUGGUACCUCUGCUCGCAGGUCAACGCGCCCGUGGUCAACGCCGAGCUGUGGGAGAACGACGAGCUGCCGCGCAUCAAGGCGUGGGUGGGGGAGAUGAAGAAGGCUACGGGGCUGGACUUGAGCAAGCAGUGGACGCCCAAGGUCGUGCCGAAGUAGGAAGGGGAGAUGAACUGGUG